AUGAUAAAGGGUUUAGCGCCGGCUGAGGAUUUAAUUGAAAUGCUUGUUAGUUGUUACUACUCUGGCUGCCAAUUGGCAUAUUAUUCCUCGUCUUCCCAUUCAAAUUCUAUCAUGAUCUGUGUCCUUUCUGAUGAAGCUAGCAACGAAGGUGCAUACAUGCUGAAGCUUAUGAAUGCACUCAAACCCCCUGGCUGGUCCAACACCACCCACAUGUGCCUGUGGAGCGGCGUGACUUGCAACCAUCAAACUGGAAGGAUUGAACUGAUCAAUCUCAAUUCAAUGUCGCUAACGGGAACAGUUCCUGCAGGCCUCAACGACUCCCUCUCCCAACUCCCAAUACUCGAUCUCUCUUACAAUAAUCUGAGUGGGCCUGUUCCGUCUCUCGCCAACCUCACCUUCCUCCAAUACGUGGACCUCGGCUACAACAACUUCACCUCCAUCCCUCAUGGUUGCUUCCAGGGUCUACCCUCUUUGACGACGCUGUGGUUGGGAAACAACACAAACCUUGCACCAUGGACCUUCCCCAACUUGAUUCAGUCCACAAAAAUAGAAGAGCUCAAUCUUGUGGCUACAAAUGUCAUGGGUUCUCUACCAGAAAUAUUUGACUCCUUGCCAAGUUUGGAGACUGUUCUUCUCUCCAACAACAGCCUCACUGGUUUCUUGCCUGAGUCUUUUGGAAGGUCCAAGAUUACCACAUUGCACCUCAACGACCAGAAGGGCAAAGGAUUUUCAGGUACAAUGGAUGUUGUUUCAAAUAUGAUCGAUUUGUCUGAGGCGUGGCUUCAGGGGAACUCCUUGGAUGGAUAUAUCCCUGACAUGUCUCGUUGUACCGCCUUACAAGAUUUACGACUUGCGCACAAUCGAUUUACAGGUGUCAUUCCAGAUUCUCUGAUAAAUCUCAGUCUCAGGAACCUGCAAAAUGUUACUUUGAACAACAACUUUUUUCAGGGCCCUAUGCCUAUCUUUUCCUUUGAUAUUGAGAGUAAGAAUCUCGGAGAUAACACCACCAAUGCCUUUUGUCGAGAUGACUAUGAUCGUUGUGACGAGAGAGUUACCAUUUUGCUUGAAAUUGCAUCUGCAUUUGGAUAUCCUUAUUUGUUGGCCCGUUCAUGGCGAGGAAAUAAUCCAUGUCAUAAUUGGAGUUUUGUUGCAUGUACCGGGAGUAUGAUUACAACAGUGAAUUUGACAAGGCAGAAUUUGACAGGAACAAUCUCGGGUGCGUUUGGUAAAUUAACUCAUUUGGAAAACUUGUAUCUAGGUGGUAACAAUUUAAGCGGUUCAAUACCUGAAAACUUGACAUCUCUUCAUCAACUCAACAAUCUCGAUGUCUCCAACAACAACUUAUCAGGAAAAAUUCCCGCUUUCUCACGUGGAGUAAACCUGAAUACUGAAGGUAAUCCUUCGUUCGAGAGAAGAAAUCCUUCGCACAAGAGAAGAAAUCCACCUGCUUGGAUCAAAGGCGCAAUAGCAGCAGCAGCAGGUAUUGGAGGUCUUGUUUUCUUGGUUAUAAUUAUUUAUAACCGGAAGAGGUGUCUUAGCUUCUUACAAAGGAUUUUGUGGAAGAAAACAGGACCAUUUAUUGAUAAUGAAUUUGAAGAAUUUAUGAAAACUUAUGGAUCUUUGAUGUUAAAGAGAUAUAAUUAUUCUGAAGUGAAAAAGAUGACAAAUUCAUUUCAUGAUAAAUUAGGAAAGGGAGGAUAUGGCAUUGUAUACAAAGCAUGUUUAAGUGAUGGUUGUCCAAUGGCAGUGAAGGUAUUAACCGAAUCCAGCGGAAGUGGGGAGGAAUUCCUAAAUGAGGUUGCUAGUAUUGGAAGAACAUCUCAUGUGAACAUUGUUUCGCUUUUGGGAUUUUGUUAUGAGAAGUAUAAAAGGGCACUCAUCUACGAAUUCAUGCCAAAUGGUUCUUUGGAUAAGUUCAUCUACAAACAAGAAUCGUCAAAUGCUAUUUGUAAUAUGGAUUGGAACACCCUGUUUCAAAUUACAAUUGGUAUUGCAAGAGGAUUAGAAUAUUUGUAUCGAGGUUGUAAUACAAGAAUUUUGCAUCUCGAUAUUAAGCCUCAAAAUAUUCUGUUAGAUGAAGAUUUUUGUCCAAAAAUUGCUGAUUUUGGAUUGGCAAAAAUUUGCAAGAAGAAGGAGAGUAUUGUAUCUAUAAUAGGUACAAGGGGAACUCCUGGAUACAUUGCACCAGAAGUAUUUAGUCGAACCUUUGGUAAAGUUUCUCAUAAAUCUGAUGUGUACAGUUAUGGUAUGUUGAUUCUUGAAUUGGUGGGAGGCAAAAAGAACUACAACACCAGUGGAUCACUUACUAGUGAGAUGUAUUUUCCAGAUUGGAUUUACAAGGAUCUCGAGCAAAAUACGCUUGGACGAGGUUUGUCCACUACAGAAGAAGAAAAUGAUAUGAUAAAGAAAAUUACUUUGGUGAGUUUAUGGUGUAUUCAAACAAAUCCAUCAGAUAGACCAUCAAUAGAUAAAGUAAUAGAGAUGUUAGAAGGGCCACUUGAACUAGUGCCAUAUCCUCCAAAACCUGUCUUAUAUUCUCUAAAAAUGUCUAUCUCACAGUUUUCACGGAUCUCCUAUAGCAGUACAGAUGAGGAGGAUCCUGAAAUUGUUGAGGAGAUUGUUUCCAUCAAAUAAAAUGAGUU